AUGGCUGCACACCCGGAGGUCCUGGGUUCGAGUCCCGGGUCAGUAACAGCCCGGUGUUGGGAAGUUGGCGGUGUUUCACCCCCGUGCCUCGGAGAGCACGUAAAGCCGUCGGUCCUGCGUCUUAACUCUCACUGGUCGUGUCGAGCAGUCGUCCCACCGGAGUAUGAGAGUGACAGGAAUAGAGAGUGCACUUGUGUGUGCGCGUACACUUGUGCACUA